CAUCCCUUUUUUUCCUUUCUACUUCUUUCCUCCAUUCCCUCUUACCCACCCAAGACAAAAUGAUUAAGCUUUUUUCCUACCCAUCAGAGAUCCAUGGAAAGAUAGAAAAAGUGGAACAAACAACUCUUUCCCUCUCUCUCUCUCCACCUCCCUCAACAGACGACUCUUCAACCUCUUCUUUACCACCCAAGACAUCAUCUCUCUCUCUCUCUCUCUCUCUCUCUCUUUCUCUUCUACAUCUUUAGUCGCAUACAUCGAACAUGGAUUCGACCAACAGUGGCAGCAUGCAGUCCUCGAGCAGCGGUGACAACGACGAGUGCGACUCUCGAGGUGAGUCCAUCUCCUCCUUCUUGAACCUCCCACCGCUGCAUCCACGGCUGCAGCCGGCAGCAACCGCUACCACUCUCCAACACGACCACCCUUCUUCCUCCUCCAUCUUCGAUCCUUUAUCACCUUACCUCGCCUCCUUCCCCCUCCCGCCUCCGGAGUUCGACUCGACGUGGCCUGCAGGAAUCCCACCGUCUUCUAUGUCAUCGUACUCCACUUGCACCACCACCGACGGCAUACGGUCGUCAGCAUCAGCGAGUCCGUCGUCGCUACAGCCACCACCGGUAUUGCAAGCUGAUCGUUCUGCCGCCGCCCCACGAGGGUCCAAGAAGCGGUCGAGGGCGUCGCGGCGAGCUCCGACCACCGUCCUCACCACUGACACCUCCAAUUUCCGAGCCAUGGUGCAGCAGUUCACCGGCUUUCCGACGCCGCCCUUUGCUGCCUCUCCCUUCCCCCGCCCUCGGCUCGACCUCCUCAACUUGGGGGCCGCCGUCCCAUCUUACCUCCUUAGGCCCUCUGCCCAAAAGUUUCCUUCUUCUUCCAUCCCUCCCAUGUCUUCUUCCUCCGCCUCCACUUUGCUCUUCGAUCACGCUAUCGCCUCGAUCGCUAGGAGCACUCUUGCCAACAUAAACGUACCCAUCAACACUAGUGCGACAAGUUCUUCGAGUAGUGCUACUCCGAGUUCCACCAGCAGGCGCGAAUUGCCGGUCUUUGAUGAUUUCAUCUCCCAGCAGCUUCUCCAAUCACAAACCACACCCGAGUACGGUUCCCUCUCCUUUGCCUCCUCAGUAGCUAGGGCGCAAGGGCCUUCGGGCUACGCCAUGGGAGGUCUCGGGAGCCUCAUGGCGACAGAAGGCUUGAAGGUGAGCGGUGGAACCAAUGUUUCAAGUUGGGUUGAUGAACUAGGACAGGAGAAUGCAGAAGACGACCGAUCGAAGGGGAUCAUGAGAAACUAUGGCGAUCAGAGAUAGCUAAAGCCAUGCAGGAAGGAGCUCUGCAAUGGAUUCUUUCUCCAGGAUGACAAGUAGCAAUAUGUUGAGAGGAAGUGAAGGAGGAGGAGGAGGAGGAGAAGAUGGUCUUUGCAGCAUCACUCAACCAUCAUCAGUGUGCACAAGAAAGAGCUGCCGUCGAGUAUUUAUCAAGUUAUGUGAUCUUGAAAGAGACAAAAAGACAUUAUGAUUCGAUUGAGUUUUGAAAUGUUGGGUGGAGGUGUUUUCAUUUGUA